AUGGAGCCAAACCUUGCAAAAGUCGAUUGGCUAGAAUUUGUGAUACUGGUCGACAAUAGCAUAGAAUGGAUGAGCAAGAUGCCUCCGGGCUAUACUUCAGAGGUGCUCGGGCAUCUCAGAAACCAACCGCCUAUCGAUCCAAAGCUGCAGGUGCCAAUCCUUGAUCUGGACAAUUACUGCUGCGGUGCACAUGGACUCGCCGUUCUCCUGAGGACGCAUCGGGAUGGACAAACGUAUCACACCCUGUUCGAUACUGGUCCAGAGGGAAAGUCUAUCGCUCGUAAUCUCGAUUCACUCAAGCUGGAUAUUCGGAAUGUGACACGCAUCGUGCUGUCGCACUGGCACAGGGAUCAUAGCGGUGGAAUUCUCGAGGUCUUGAAGCAAACGGGUGGCAAAGCAGGACGAUUCGACUCUGCCAAUUACUGUCGACCUUCAUCCGAAUCAGUCAUUGCUCGUCUUCCAGACGACCCGACGUUUGAGGAGAUUCAAGAGUGUAAAGGAGUCGUGGAGCGGCACGCGGAUGCACAUACUGUUCAGGGAGACACAGUGUUUGUGAGUGGAGAGAUACCGAGGGUGGCUGAAUGGGAAAAGGGACUGCUUGGGGGUAUGAGAUGGAUCCAGGACGCCUGGAAGCCAGAGCCGGACAUCCUAGAUGAGAGAUACGUCGCUGUGGACGUUGUGGGUAAGGGUAUUAUCGUCUUUAGUGCUUGCUCGCAUGCGGGCAUCUGCAAUGUCGUACUCGAUGUCAAGAAACGCUUCAAGGACAGACCAAUACAUGCGGUCGUUGGGGGAUUACAUCUUGCCGGGCCCGAACUGGCUCAGAGGAUAGCACCUACUGUCAAAUUCCUCCGAGAGAACACAGGGUCUUCGUCGGUUGUACUUCCUCUUCAUUGCACUGGCCUUGCAGCCAAAGUUGCCCUAGCCAACGCAUUUGGCGAGUUCUGCGUUCCAGCGGGUGUUGGAAUCCAGGUUCGAAUCCCAGCGGCGUGA